CUGAGAGUAUAAAAGAGGCAGGAUCCUCAUUUUUCUCUACCUUCACUGUCUGCCAUCAUGUCUUUCAGUGGGAAAUACCAGCUGGAGUCUCAUGAGAACUUUGAGGCGUUUAUGAAGGUUGUUGGUAUUCCUGAUGAACUCAUCCAGAAAGGUAAAGAUCUUAAGAGCAUCUCUGAGAUUGAAGAGACUGGUGAUGACUUCAAGGUGACAGUCACUACUGGCUCAAAUGUCAUUACCAACUGCUUCACCAUUGGAAAAGAGACAGAGCUGCAAACCCUAACUGGAGAGAAGGUCAAAGGAGUGGUGGUUCGUGACGGCAACAAGCUGAAGGUUUCUCUUAAAGGAAUCGAGUCGGUCACAGAACUGACUGAUGCCAACACUAUUGUAAAUACGAUGUCUGUUGGCGGCAUUGUUUACAAGAGGAUAAGCAAACGCAUGUAAAUGUUUAUGCUUUGUAUAAUAAACAUGAAAGCAGCAAA